AUGUCCUCGAUCGCAGCCUUCUCAUUCGGUGCACUUGGUGACUUUGUCGCCCUCUUUGAUCUCGGUCAGAAGGUCAAGAGGUCACUAGAUGCUAGCUCUGGCGGAUCGGAGGACUAUCUCAUGCUACUUGUCGAAGUCGACUCAUUGGUCCGCAUCCUUCGAAUGGUCACCACAGUUUCGACCUCGGCUCAACUAUCUCAGCUUUCGCCUGCCUUGGUCCAGGCAGGCUGUAAUGCUUUCAAAUCGUCGCAUAAUGUCCUGAAAAUUCUCGAGAGAAAGGUCACGACUUACCAGGACAAACUACAAAGGGGAGGAUCAGAACGGAUGAUGAUGGAAUCCUGGAGGAAGAUCGGAUGGGGCUUGCUUGUCAAGGAUGACGAAGUAAAAAAGCUACGGUGGCAGUUGUCAUAUCACAUCAAGACUAUCCAAGUUGUGAUGUCGUUCGCGCAGUGUGUAACAACAGAUGAAAUGGGGCACCAACCCCGGCGUACGCUUGUUGACAGCUUGACGAGGCACCUUCCCAUAAGUAUUGGAUACACCUGGGAAGGCGGAGCGACCGUCGACACGGCACCUAUCCGGCUUCGAGACAUGUACAAUCAUAUCGUUGACGUACCUCUGGAUAUCUGCGCUACUCCCGAGCUUUUUGAUGGGAUGCUCAGGAUGUACUUUCAUGGCCGAAAAGGCAACAGAUUCAUCGUCAAAGGGGAUUACGAAUUGACGACCGCCGGGAGUAGCUCUUUGCUCAACCUGAUUGACCCUUCCGAAUGGCGGGCGACGAUGAAGCCCGGGAUCGUAGUCGAGAUGAAUGCCAUCAUACGGCGCAAAUCCAGGCCCAAUAACCUCUCUGAUGUGGACUGUCCACGUUGUCGCAACAUCGUCCACGACGUCAGAGUCGAUGCGCUGACUCUAUGGUAA